AUGCUGCCUACCAGAAAACAUGUCAGUUUCGUCUUUUGUUGUAUCAUCUGCAUAUCCUUUGAGACUGGCAAUGUUUGCUACCAUGGGAAAAUCAAAUGGGAUGGGAGUGUGUGUAUGGUGAACACAGUUUAAGCCCCUCAGGGUACACAGGAGUAAAUAAAGAAAACGUUUGUUAAGGGGGAAGGAACGUCAAGCAGCCGUCAUCAGAGAUUUUCUAGCCACCUGGGAUGCCCACUUUAGUGUCCUAUGUACACACUUGGCUUAUAUCCUUCACAGUGGAAAUUUUCUUGGUGUCUACCAGGAUGUGGCCUUCACCUGUGACCAUGAGGUCCAGCUGAGAGCAGCUCAGCUCGGUGCAGCCUUCUGUAGUGGGGAGAGACACAGUCAAAGAAAGAAACAUCCCAGUCGCCCAGCUCCAGUGUCAGCUUCAUGCAGUAGGCCAGCGACUGGAGCCAGAUGUGAGCUGAGCCCAAGCGGACGACCUCGACAGGAUCCCGGAAAGGGUCGUCUUCUUGAGCCACAGGGCCGUGAUCUCCAUCUAGAAAGCGCCGGUAAAGUUCGUGCAUUAGGAAUUUCCUGUUGAUGUACUUGGCUUUUGACCAUAUCCACACCUGGAAACACAGAGGUAGGUCACCAGUAUUUGAUUCAUCUGCUGCUCUCACAAUUCAUCACUCUGAUUUUCCCAGCACGCUCCCUUCCUUGACUGGGUUUGCGGUACUCAUGACCACAUCCCACUUUCUCCACACCUAGCUUUGCUGACAUCAAGAAUAUCGUAUUAAUUCCUGGACCUGUUACUUCCCCAUUGCUUGAGCCUAGGAAACGACUUAGAGGAGAUGAUGAAGGGGUUAGAAAACAGAUCCUCUCAGGGGAAAUGAAGGUUUGGGGCUUAUGGUGUCAGAAUGGUCCUCAAGGAUGCCCAUGUGCUAAUCCCCAGAACCUGUGAAUAUAUUACUUUGCAUGGCAAACGGAAAUUAAGGUUUGUCAUCAACUGACCUUAAAAUACGGAGAGUAGCCUGGAGUAUCCAGGUGGCCCCAAUGAAAUCACAAGGGUCUUCAAUAUGGCCGAGAGAGGCAGAAGAGAGGGUCAGAGAUAGGAUAAUGCCUGCGGGGUCAGAGAGAGGUUAUGUGGCGGCUUUGAAGAUGGAGGGAGGUGGCCUCUCAAAGCUGGAAGGGGCCAGGAAACAGAUACUCUCCCUCAGGCCCAGAAAGCAGUACCGCCCUGUCGACACCCUGCUUUUAGCCCAGUGAGACCCAAUUUGGACUUCUCAUGUGUAGAACGAUAAGGUAGUAAGUUUGGGUCAUUUAAUGAGCCUGGUCAUUCAUGAACAGCAGCCAUGGAAGAUGAUGCAGGGGUAGUUAGUCUGGAGAAGGGCUGAGAAGUGGCUCCCCCGCCAUGAUUGGAGUGCACACGGGCACACAUCCAGAAGCACAGGAGACACUCCCCACAGCCUUCCCAGCCCAGCAUGGCAGGCAUUCUGAGCUCCAUUCUGCAGAGACCCAAGCAGGCGUCCUUCCUUGUUCAGGGGUUCACACCCAGUGCACAGCAGAUCCAGGACAACAGCCUGCCGCUGUCUUCCUCCUCACUGGGUGAGGACAGGGCCUCUGUCAACACUGGCUCUGGAGAGGAGACAAACCUGAAGCCACAGGAGGAGGGAUUCCAGGUAGGUCUUGUUUAGACCAUAAAUAUCAGGAAAAACUAGCAACUCCUUUUCUGGGCAACUUGAAAAGCAAAAGCAAAAAUCAACAGACAAGUCAUUCUGUGUAUGAUGUCUCUUCAUAAAAAGGACAUUCUCAGGACUCUGAAAACAGAUUCCAUCUUUUUCUGUUGGCCUCAAAGUGAAGAACCAUAGUGCUCUCCUAGAGGCGGCACCACCAUUAAAUAAGAAUGUGGGGGGCUGGGCGUGGUGGCUCACGGCUGUAAUCCCAGCACUUUGGGAGGCCGAGGCGGGCGGAUCACGAGGUCAGGAGAUCGAGACCAGCCUGGCUAACAGUGAAACCCCAUCUCUACCAAAAAUACAAAAAAUUAGCCGGGAGUGCUGGCGGGCACCUGUAGUCCCAGCUACUUGGGAGGCUGAGGCAGGAGAACGCUUUAACCCAGGAGAUGGAGCUUGCGGGGAGCCAAGAUCGUGCCACUGCACUCCAGCCUGGGUGACAGAGCAAGACUCCAUCUCAAAAAAACAAAAAAAAUAUGGGGCAGCAGGGAACAACAGGAGUUCUAGUCAUUGUGGUUUUUCUGUUUGUGUUUUUCUUUUUAAGACAUGUGAUCUUGCUGUGUCACCCAGGCUGGAGUGCAGUGGCCCAAUCUUAGCUCACUGCAGCCUUGAACUCCUGGGCUCAGGCGGGCCUCCUGCUUCAGCCUCUGAGUAGCUGGACUGCAGGCGUGCGCCACUGCGCCGGCUUAUUCCGGUUUUUCUUAAAGACUUUAGGGAACUAAGAUCAUGGGAAUCUAAAUAAUAAAUGAAUUCACUGCCUCAUUACCUCUGGAUAUCAGACCACAGGCCUGGUGUCAGUUAAAAUUGCAUGUCAUCCUUGGCCUGAGGAGGAAACAGGUCGGCAAGGCUCCAGGAUAGGCUGCGAGCCCAUGCUGACUCCCGCCUGCUUCCACGUGGGCUCUGCAGGCCUGGCUCAGAGUUCCCUGGCAGGAUGUGCUGCUCACCAGAGCCAACAGCUGUUGGGUGAAUACUGCUGAAAGGUAACCGCAAGCUGGCAGCAUUUCCAGGUCAAAAAACCCUCCCCAAACCUCACACAGCCCUGGUUUGCUCAUGAGCUUGUCCAUGAUAUGUGACUCCCACCAGCUGCACAACACUGCGUCCUCCCUGAGAGCUGCAGCAGCAGUCACCGUCCACACGGUCAGCAGGGAGGAUAGGUAAACAUGUACAAGAUCAACCGCAAAGUAGCAUUCGUGUUUCUAGCUGGGACCCACAGCUGUCUAGUCUUCAGAAGUGCCUGUCUCACAUGCACUGCCGACAUCUACACACCGUGUCACAAGAGACCCUCGCACUACAGCCUUCCAGAAGCCUCCAUCUACACACCAUGUCACAAGAGACUCUCAGACUACAGCCUUCCAGACGCCUCCAUCUACACACCGUGUCACAAGAGACCCUCACACUACAGCCUUCCAGACGCCUCCAUCUACACACCAUGUCACAAGAGACCCCCAGACCACAGCCUUCCAGAAGCCUCCAUCUACACACCGUGUCACAAGAGACCCUCACACUACAGCCUUCCAGAAGCCUCCAUCUACACACUGUGUCACAAGAGACCCUCACACUACAGCCUUCCAGAAGCCUCCAUCUACACACCGUGUCACAAGAGACCCUCACACUACAGCCUUCCAGAAGCCUCCAUCUACACACCAUGUCACAAGAGACCCUCACACUACAGCCUUCCAGAAGCCUCCAUCUACACACCAUGUCACAAGAGACCCCCAGACCACAGCCUUCCAGACGUCUCCAUCUACACACCAUGUCACAAGAGACCCCCAGACCACAGCCUUCCAGAAGCCUCCAUCUACACACGCUGUCACAAGAAACCCUCAGACUACAGCCUUCCAGACGCCUCCAUCUACACACCGUGUCACAGGAGACCCUCAUACUGCAGCCUUCCAGAAGCCUCCAUCUACACACCAUGUCACAAGAGACCCUCACACUACAGCCUUCCAGAAGCCUCCAUCUACACACCAUGUCACAAGAGACCCCCAGACCACAGCCUUCCAGAAGCCUCCAUCUACACACCAUGUCACAAGAGACCCCCAGACCACAGCCUUCCAGACGCCUCCAUCUACACACCAUGUCACAAGAGACCCUCACACUACAGCCUUCCAGACGCCUCCAUCUACACACCAUGUCACAAGAGACCCCCAGACCACAGCCUUCCAGAAGCCUCCAUCUACACACCGUGUCACAAGAGACCCUCACACUACAGCCUUCCAGAAGCCUCCAUCUACACACCGUGUCACAAGAGACCCUCACACUACAGCCUUCCAGAAGCCUCCAUCUACACACCAUGUCACAAGAGACCCCCAGACCACAGCCUUCCAGACGUCUCCAUCUACACACCGUGUCACAGGAGACCCUCAGACUACAGCCUUCCAGACGUCUCCAUCUACACACCAUGUCACAGGAGACCCCCAGACCACAGCCUUCCAGAAGCCUCCAUCUACACACCAUGUCACAAGAGACCCCCAGACCACAGCCUUCCAGACGUCUCCAUCUACACACCAUGUCACAAGAGACCCCCAGACCACAGCCUUCCAGACGUCUCCAUCUACACACCAUGUCACAAGAGACCCCCAGACCACAGCCUUCCAGAAGCCUCUAUCUACACACCAUGUCACAAGAGACCCUCACACUACAGCCUUCCAGAAGCCUCCAUCUACACACCGUGUCACAGGAGACCCUCAUACUGCAGCCUUCCAGAAGCCUCCAUCUACACACCAUGUCACAAGAGACCCCCAGACCACAGCCUUCCAGACGUCUCCAUCUGCACACGCUGUCACAAGAAACCCUCAGACUACAGCCUUCCAGACGCCUCCAUCUACACACCAUGUCACAGGAGACCCUCAUACUGCAGCCUUCCAGAAGCCUCCAUCUACACACCAUGUCACAGGAGACCCCCAGACCACAGCCUUCCAGAUGCCUCCAUCUACACACCAUGUCACAAGAGACCCCCAGACCACAGCCUUCCAGAAGCCUCUAUCUACACACCAUGUCACAAGAGACCCUCACACUACAGCCUUCCAGAAGCCUCCAUCUACACACCGUGUCACAAGAGACCCCCAGACCACAGCCUUCCAGAAGCCUCCAUCUACACACCAUGUCACAAGAGACCCUCACACUACAGCCUUCCAGAAGCCUCCAUCUACACACCAUGUCACAAGAGACCCCCAGACUACAGCCUUCCAGAUGCCUCCAUCUACACACCAUGUCACAAGAGACCCUCACACUACAGCCUUCCAGAAGCCUCCAUCUACACACAUUGUCACAAGAGACCCCCAGACCACAGCCUUCCAGAAGCCUCUAUCUACACACCAUGUCACAAGAGACCCUCACACUACAGCCUUCCAGAAGCCUCCAUCUACACACCGUGUCACAAGAGACCCCCAGACCACAGCCUUCCAGAAGCCUCCAUCUACACACCAUGUCACAAGAGACCCUCACACUACAGCCUUCCAGAAGCCUCCAUCUACACACCAUGUCACAAGAGACCCUCACACUACAGCCUUCCAGAAGCCUCCAUCUACACACCAUGUCACAAGAGACCCCCAGACCACAGCCUUCCAGACGUCUCCAUCUACACACGCUGUCACAAGAAACCCUCAGACUACAGCCUUCCAGACGCCUCCAUCUACACACCAUGUCACAAGAGACCCCCAGACCACAGCCUUCCAGAAGCCUCUAUCUACACACCAUGUCACAAGAGACCCUCACACUACAGCCUUCCAGAAGCCUCCAUCUACACACCGUGUCACAAGAGACCCCCAGACCACAGCCUUCCAGAAGCCUCCAUCUACACACCAUGUCACAAGAGACCCUCACACUACAGCCUUCCAGAAGCCUCCAUCUACACACCAUGUCACAAGAGACCCUCACACUACAGCCUUCCAGAAGCCUCCAUCUACACACCAUGUCACAAGAGACCCUCACACUACAGCCUUCCAGACGCCUCCAUCUACACACCAUGUCACAAGAGACCCCCAGACCACAGCCUUCCAGAAGCCUCCAUCUACACACCGUGUCACAAGAGACCCCCAGACCACAGCCUUCCAGAAGCCUCCAGCCACACACCAUGUCACGAGACCCUCAGACUACAACCUUCCAGAAGCCUCCAUCUACAUACCAUGUCACAGGAGACCCUCAGGCUGCAGCCUUCCAGAAGCCUCCAUCUACACACCGUGUCACAAGAGACCCCCAGACCACAGCCUUCCAGAAGCCUCCAUCUACAUACCAUGUCACAGGAGACCCUCAGGCUGCAGCCUUCCAGAUGCCUCCAUCUACACACCAUGUCACAAGAGACCCUCACACUACAGCCUUCCAGAAGCCUCCAUCUACACACAUUGUCACAAGAGACCCCCAGACCACAGCCUUCCAGAAGCCUCUAUCUACACACCAUGUCACAAGAGACCCUCACACUACAGCCUUCCAGAAGCCUCCAUCUACACACCGUGUCACAAGAGACCCCCAGACCACAGCCUUCCAGAAGCCUCCAUCUACACACCAUGUCACAAGAGACCCUCACACUACAGCCUUCCAGAAGCCUCCAUCUACACACCGUGUCACAAGAGACCCCCAGACCACAGCCUUCCAGAAGCCUCCAUCUACACACCAUGUCACAAGAGACCCCCAGACCACAGCCUUCCAGAAGCCUCCAUCUACACACCAUUUCACAAGAGACCCUCACACUACAGCCUUCCAGACGCCUCCAUCUACACACCAUGUCACAAGAGACCCCCAGACCACAGCCUUCCAGAUGCCUCCAUCUACACACCAUGUCACAGGAGGCCCUCAGGCUGCAGCCUUCCAGAAGCCUCCAUCUACACACCGUGUCACAAGAGACCCCCAGACCACAGCCUUCCAGAAGCCUCCAUCUACACACCAUGUCACAAGAGACCCCCAGACCACAGCCUUCCAGAAGCCUCCAUCUACACACCAUGUCACAAGAGACCCUCACACUACAGCCUUCCAGACGCCUCCAUCUACACACCAUGUCACAAGAGACCCCCAGACCACAGCCUUCAAGAUGCCUCCAUCUACACACCAUGUCACAGGAGACCCUCAGGCUGCAGCCUUCCAGAAGCCUCCAUCUACACACCGUGUCACAAGAGACCCUCAGACCACAGCCUUCCAGAAGCCUCCUGAGGAAAGCAGGGCUUCAUCUGAAGACAGGUCACUGGCACUAAGCUUGUUUUUUUGAGACAGGGUCUCUGUCGCCCAGGCUGGAGAAUAGUGGUGUGAUCACGGCUCACUGUAGCCUCGACCUCCUUAGGCUCAGGUGAUUCUCCUACCUCAGCCUCCCCAGUAGCGGGGACUACAGGUGCUCACCACCAUACUCAGCUAAUUUUGUAUUUUUUGUAGAGACAGGGUUUCACCAUGUUGCCCAAGCUGGUCUCGAACUCCUGAGCUCAAGCCAUCCACCCACCUUGGCCUCCCCAAAUCCUGGGAUUACAGAUGUGAACUACCGUGCUGGGCCUAAUCUUACUUGUUUUAAUGUAAAAAUGGACAGUCUUGAGGAUGACAGAUUGAUAAGAUUCAUAUCUUCAUGAGAAAAAAAAUAGAAAAGAAAAACAAACUGUACGACCCCCUUAAAAGAGAACCUGGUGUGUUUAAGCGGAAGCAGUCCUAUCAGACAGCUACCUGUCCCAGUGACCGGAUGCUGGGCUGAAGGAAAAUGAGGGCAUGAAUCCAGGCCCUCAGCCCUCCCAUACAAUUCUCCCAAUGAUAAGUGUGAGAACACCGUCUCCUGUUCUGUUUCUGGUAAUGACAGGCAGGUGCUCAUGAGUGCCUUCGUGUGCACUCAGUAACCCUUCUGUUAGCAACAGUUUAAAAGGCUAUUUUUCGAACUACCUUAGACUAUAAUACAAAAUAGAAUAGCAUGGAAAAUGGUUUUUUAGAAUUAACAAAUUUUCUUAAAACAAGGUCUGACAAGACAGGAAACUGCCAAGCCGAAUUCUAGGGGAAAGCCUGGCCCGAAAGAGGCACGUGGAAUAUCGGGGCACCAGAGCCACUUUGCCCCAGUGGCCUUUGCUGGAAAAAACAGAAAAAUGCAAAGUACAGACACACUGAGGGGUCCCCUCCAAAGGCCUCACGGAACAUGGCGGAGAAGUCCAGGCUGACUCCCCAGGGUGAGGGUCUCACAGGAGACCCUGUCUGCAUCACACAGACCUGCAGGAAAGGGGCCGGUCUCUGAGGAGCUGGGCUCCAGGAGGAUCCUUGCUUGGUUUCCUCCCUGGGGCAGCAUCUUGGCAGCCCCAGCACCUGGAGGCCAAACCCCGUGGACGGGGUGGUGGGUGCAGUGCACAGGUGCUGACCACAUGGGACGCACACACAUGCUUAUAGUCUUAGCUCAUUUCACAAUUUUUAAAAGCUUUACAAAAAUCGGUCUCGGCCCAGAACAUUUUGGCAAUUUUCGGGCGAUGAGCAGAUGAGCAGAAAAGUGAAACUCAGAGAAGCUUCAAUUGCUGAGCAGGGAGGGAGCAGCCUGGGGUGGGGGCCGGAGGCGCAGUCUCGAAAGGCAACGGGUGAGUGUGCUGGAGCCGGAAGCCUGAGGGCUGCUCCUCCAGGGGCCUGAUACGCACAAGGGGUGCUGCAAGAUGGGCCUGCAUUUCUGUUUCCUCCUUUGGAGGCAGAGGGAGAGGAAACAGGGUCUUAAGUUUCUAAAAUGGAACUUCCUGAUAGUAAGGUCCAGCCAGUGGAGUUGGUGAAACAGCCUUUUCUGGAGUCCCUAGGAGGAUGGCUUUUCUCACUGCUGCAGAAGGGCAGUCUGUGUUCUCACGGGCACAUGUACACACACACACUUGCACACACACACACACACGCACAUACGUGCAUGGACAGACACCACUACCACUUGCAUAAAUUCCCAGGCUCCCUUCUGGUACAAAAGCCUUUGAGUCAUACUCAGCAUGAACAGAUGCUCAGUGCAGGCUAGGUUAGGAACGCUCCCAGGAGCUGGUGCUGGGAGGGAGGGUCCAGGACAGGGAAUGGCUGGUGCUGCGAGGGAGGACCCAGGACGGGGAACGGGAGAGUGGAUCCCCCUGUUCCCCAGAGCUCCAGCUCAUACUUGGAAUAUGUUUUGCCCUUGACUGGGUCUCCGGAGGCUGCAGCUGGUAAAGAUAACUUGUGUCCCCAUGGAUCCUCACCUCCUGAAUCCUGUCCCCGUGGAUCCUCACCCCCUGAAUCCUGUCCCCGUGGAUCCUCACCCCCUGGGUCCCGUCCCCGUGGAUCCUCACCUCCUGGGUCCCGUCCCCGUGGAUCCUCACCUCCUGGGUCCCGUCCCCGUGGAUCCUCACCUCCUGGGUCCCGUCCCCGUGGAUCCUCACCUCCUGGGUCCCGUCCCCGUGGAUCCUCACCUCCUGGGUCCCGUCCCCAUGGGGCCUCACCUCCUGAGUCCCGUCCCCGUGGAUCCUCACUUCCUGGGUCCCAUCCCUGUGGAUCCUCACCUCCUGGGUCCCAUCCCUGUGGAUCCUCACUUCCUGAGUCCUGUCCCUGUGCGGCUUCACCUCCUGAGUCCCGUCCCCGGGGAUCCUCACCUCCUGAGUCCCGUCCCCGUGCGGCUUCACCUCCUGAGUCCCAUCCUCGUGGAUCCUCACUUCCUGAGUCCCAUCCCCGUGGAUCUUCACCUCCUGGGUCCCGUCCCCGUGGAUCCUCACCUCCUGAGUCCCAUCCCUGUGCAGCUUCACUUCCUGGGUCCCGUCCCCAUGGAUCCUCACCUCCUGAGUCCUGUCCCCGUGGGGCCUCACCUCCUGAGUCCCGUCCCUGUGGAUCCUCACCUCCUGAGUCCUGUCUCCGUGGAUCCUCACUUCCAGAGUCCCGUCCCCGUGGAUCCUCACCUCCUGAGUCCCAUCCCUGUGCAGCUUCACUUCCUGGGUCCUGUCCCCAUGGAUCCUCACCUCCUGGGUCCCGUCCCCGUGGAUCCUUACCUCCUGAGUCCCGUCCCCAAGAUCCUCACCUCCUGAGUCCUGUCCCCAUGGGGCCUCAUCUCCUGAGUCCCGUCCCCAUGGAUCCUCACCUCCUGAGUCCCGUCUCCGUGGAUCCUCACUUCCUAAGUCCCGUCCCCGUGGAUCCUCACCUCCUGAGUCCCGUCCCUGUAGGGCCUCACCUCCUGAGUCCCGUCCCUGUGGAUCCUCACCUCCUGAGUCCCGUCCCCGUGGAUCCUCACCUCCUGAGUCCCGUCCCCGUGGAGUCUCACCUCCUGGGUCCCGUCCCCGUGGAUCCUUACCUCCUGAGUCCUGUCCCCAUGGGGCCUCAUCUCCUGAGUCCCGUCCCCAUGGAUCCUCACCUCCUGAGUCCUGUCUCCGUGGAUCCUCACUUCCUGAGUCCCGUCCCCGUGGAUCCUCACCUCCUGAGUCCCAUCCCUGUGCAGCUUCACUUCCUGGGUCCCGUCCCCAUGGAUCCUCACCUGGGUCCCGUCCCCAUGGAUCCUCACCUCCUGAGUCCCGUCCCCGUGGAUCCUCACCUCCUGAGUCCCGUCCCUGUAGGGCCUCACCUCCUGAGUCCCGUCCCCGUGGAUCCUCACCUCCUGAGUCCCGUCUCCGUGGAUCCUCACUUCCUGAGUCCCGUCCCCGUGGAUCCUCACCUCCUGAGUCCCGUCCCUGUAGGGCCUCACCUCCUGAGUCCCGUCCCCGUGGAUCCUCACCUCCUGAGUCCCAUCCCUGUGGAUCCUCACCUCCUGAGUCCCGUCCCUGUGGAGUCUCACCUCCUGGGUCCCGUCCCCGUGGAUCCUUACCUCCUGAGUCCCGUCCCCAAGAUCCUCACCUCCUGAGUCCUGUCCCCAUGGGGCCUCACCUCCUGAGUCCCGUCCCUGUAGGGCCUCACCUCCUGAGUCCCGUCCCCGUGGAUCCUCACCUCCUGAGUCCCGUCCCUGUGGAUCCUCACCUCCUGAGUCCCAUCCCUGUGCAGCUUCACUUCCUGGGUCCCGUCCCCAUGGAUCCUCACCUCCUGGGUCCCGUCCCCAUGGAUCCUCACCUCCUGGGUCCCGUCCCCAUGGAUCCUUACCUCCUGAGUCCCGUCCCCAAGAUCCUCACCUCCUGAGUCCUGUCCCCAUGGGGCCUCAUCUCCUGAGUCCUGUCCCCAUGGAUCCUCACCUCCUGAGUCCCGUCUCCGUGGAUCCUCACUUCCUGAGUCCCGUCCCCGUGGAUCCUCACCUCCUGAGUCCCAUCCCUGUGUGGCCACACCUCGUGAGACCCGUGGUGGGUCACCUUCACCAAGACCUCAUUCUGUAGGUCAUAGCCCCUGGAAUCUGACGAUGCCAAAUUUUUCACCUUCAAUUCCAUGUUAAGUCCCUGGUAAAAGAAACACUUCUCACUAAAUAAUCGUACAUUCGGCUGGGCACAGUCCCUCAUGCCUAUAAUCCCAGCACUUUGGGAGGCUGAGGCGAGUGGAUCGCUUGAGCCCAGGAGUUCAAGACCAGCCUGGGGAACAUAGCAAAACCCCAUCUCUACUAAAAAUACAAAAAUUAGCCGGGCAUGGAAGUGCACACCUGUAAUCCCAGCUACUUGGGAGGCAGAGGUGGGAGGAUCACUUGAACCCGGGAAGUGGAGGUUGCAGUAAACCAUGAUUGCACCACUGCACUCCAGCCUGGGCGGCAGAUUGAGACCCUGUCAAAAAGAAAAAAAAAUCCUACAUUCACAGCUCAUACCACCUUUGCAAUUUAUUUUUCAUUCUCCCACCCUCGGGCUUCCUAAAUGAUGAAUGAAUAAGACUUUCUCUAAGAUGUCCCACUCUUGCCCCUUGGAUUUCCCACUAAGAGGAAAGACAGAGCACCAGAUUUUCUCCAUUAUAUCCUGGAACUAACACUUGGAGUCCCUACCAAAUUGAUUAAAUCUCUUAAAAGGUUCCGGCCGAUGGGAGCUCACGUCUCCAGGGAGCUGUCCCCAGCCCAGGUGGUCUCUGUGGCACAGCAGCCAUCAGAGUGCCUAGACCUGGAGAGGCCCCAGGACCAUCUGGGAGGGCCUGCUCAUGGCCAGCAAGAGUUGGUCUGGGAUCCCGGUGGCCCUGGUAGGCUGUUGGUGAAAGGAAUGGUACUCGGGCCUGGGCUGGGCAGUCUGGCUUCUGUUGCUAGUUCCCUGAGAGUCCCUGGGAACGCACCCCUGCCCCACAAGGCCUUGAGGUCCUUUCUGCACCUGGCACACAAGCUCCUGGCUCCAGCUAACUUACCUGCUUCAGCUCUUCACUCAUUUGAUUUGCUUCUGAACCAGCGGCAUCAGUUUGAUGUAGUCCUGGAACGCAGCCAGGACACUGGGGCCUGCCUUGCCGUCUCCACCGUCCGCAGCACCUGGCAACAAUCACAGUGGAGGCGAAAGUCAGUCACUUGUUCCGCCAUGAAGAAUUUUUUUUUUUUUUUUCGAAAUAGAGUUUCACUCUUGUUGCCCAGGCUGGAGUGCAGUGGCGCCAUCUCGGCUCGCUGCAACCUCUGCCUCCCGAGUUAAAGCAAUUCUCCUGCCUCAGCCUCCCGAGUAGCUGGGAUUACAGAUGCGCACUACCACACCCGGCUAAUUUUUGUAUUUUUAGUAGAGAUGGGGUUUCACUAUGUUGGCCAGGCUGGUCUCAAACUCCUGACCUCAGGUGAUCUGCCCACCUUGGCCUCCAAAAGUGCUGGAAUUACAGGCGUACAGGCAUGAGCCACUAUGCCAAGCCCUUUUUCUUUUUCUUUUUUUUAGACAGCCGUCUUGCUCUGUCGUCCAGGCUAGCGUUCAGUGGCAUGAUCUCUGCUCAUUGCAGCCUCCACCUCCCGGACUCAAGCAAUCCUCCCAUCUCAGCCUGCUGAGUACCUGGGACUACAGGUGCAAGCCACCAUGCCUGGCUAAUUUUUAAAAUAUUUUGUAGAGAUGAGGUCUCACUUUGUUUCCCAGGCUGGUCUUGAACUCCCGGGUUCAAGCGAUCCUCCUGCCUUGGCCUCUCAAAGUGCUAGGAUUACAGGCAUGAGACACCACGCCCAGCCGCCAUGAAUAAAUGUGUAUGCUUAUUCAUUCAUUCGUUCAGCUGUUCAUCAAAUAUCUACAUUUUAAAAUUACAAGCAUGUAAUUUUAAAAAAAAGGAAAAUGACACU